UCUUGGUUUUGCAGUAUUUCUCUAUACCAUAUAUAGAGAACUAACUGCAAAAACAAUGGCAAGACAAAUUGUAGCUCUUGCCCUCAUCUUCGUGGCCAUUAUCGGCUCAGUUUAUGCAGCAGACAAUCCGGCGACACCCUCCGCCCCGCCUCAAGGCGGACAACAACAAGGUGGCGGACAACAACAAGGUGGUGGUCAACAGGGAGGACAACAACAGGGUGGCCCACAACAAGGUGGCGGACAACCACAGGGUGGCGGACAACAAGGUGGCGGCCAACCACAGGGUGGACAACAACAAGGUGGCGGACAGCCACAGGGUGGCCAACAACAAGGUGGUGGACAACCACAGGGUGGCCAACAACAAGGUGGCGGACAACCACAGGGUGGCCAACAACAAGGUGGCGGACAACAACAGGGUGGCCAACAAGGUGGCGGACAACAACAGGGUGGACAGGGCGCCGCUAAUGCCCCAGCACAAUCAGGCCAACAGAACCCUCCUCCUGUAGCCGCCGCCCCUAAGCAGGAAGGCAACAACGCCGCCCAACCACCUAAGCAAUCCCAACCCACCCCCGCAGCUCCACCUAAGCAAUCCGAUAGCGCCGCCGCUCCCCCUAAGCAAUCCGAUAGCGCCGCUGCUCCACCUAAGGCAGACAAAGCCGCCGCUCCCCCUAAGCAAUCCGAUAACGCCUCACCACCAAAGGCUGACGCCCCCGCCCCUAAGUCCUCUUCCUCCGGCUCUCCAAAGUCUUCUUCUUCCGGUUCAUCUACCCCAUCUGAAUCUCCCAAGGAUGACUCCUCCGCAUCUUCUUCCCCCCCGAAAAGUGGUGAUGAUGCUAGCUCUCCCCCAGCUGCCGGAGGAGCUGCUCCCUCAGAAGGAGGAGGUGAUGGCUCAGCUCCCGCUGGAGUCGCUGAGGCACCUAAGAGUGGCACCACCGCUUUGAAGGUCACUUCUGCUGCCGGUGUUGCGGCCGCAGCCGUUGCUGGUUUCUUCUUAUUCUAAAUUUUAUGAAAAGCCAUUUAGGGGUGUGUUUGGAUAUCAACUGAUUAAUUAAUGCUGUGUACUGUUCAUAUAUACGUGCUUCAUUUUCGUUGCACUAGAUGAGAAUAAAAGUUUUAUAAGCCAUGCACUGCAUGGUGAUUUCUAUAAGUUUGUUUAUUCAUGACUUUGUAACACACAAGGUAUCUUUUCGGUCGACAUAUGUUGCAACUUAUUUAAUGUACUCAAUAAUUAUAUAAUGUACGUAUAUAUUCUGAAUUAA